AGCAAACAAGAUAGAUAUACUGGAUUUCGUAUCACAAAAUCACAAGUCGAACACUUCCCAAGUGUUUAGGACUGUGUGAUGUAUUUUUGGAUGAUGUGCGCAGAUCCCAGUAGGGUGGCCUUUUGCAGUUGGCAGAUCGUAAUUUUGUCAAUGUCUAUUGUUUCCAAAUGCCGGCUGAGAUCUUUUGGCAUAGUACCCAGUGUGCCCAUCACCACCGGGACCACCUGCACUGGUUUCUGCCAGAGUCUUUGAAGUUCAAUCUUGAGGCCAGAAUCCUAGACAAGUAUUUACUUUGUAAAUGAAUUUUUUUUUUCCAAAAAAUAAAUAAAUAGAAGAUAUAAUUGAGAUGUAUACAUUGUCUGAUCUAUCUCGUGGUAGAAGUGGAUGAAACAACAUUCUAUGGGGAGUAGGGAAAUUCUGAUCAGCUGUGCUGUCCUGUUGGGAUUAAAAUCCCCAGUAAGAGAAACAACCUUUAAAGAGGCUUCCUGCCAGACAUGUUGCAAUGAUAUGCUGCAAUGAAUGCUUGCACCCACAUUUUGUUCCUGCUAUUUUUACAGAUCUGAUGUUUCUAAUACAUCUAUAGCAUUGGAUAAUAUAAUCAAUAAAAUGCCACAAAUUUUGUACUAAUCUUACAGAGCUUUGAAGGUGUGCAGUGAAGCUACUAAAGGUGUUUGUCUGUUUGCCGGUUGUCUCUAUCACCUAUCUGUUUGUCUACCAACCAACCAACCUACCUACCAUCUACCUACCUGUCUUUUUGAUAACUAGUUUCUGAAGCGGGAAAAUUAGAAGGAAAUAUGAAGAUAUCAAAAACAGCAUGAAUAACUUUACUUCUACAUCCUCUUUUCUGUUGCUGGAAUUCUCAGAUAUGAGAGAACUACAAAUCUUAUCCUUUUUUGUCUUCCUAGCACUCUACUUGACUGCAUUAAUAGGUAACCUUCUCAUUGUCACUGUCGUUGCAGUUGAUUCCCACCUUCACACUCCUAUGUAUUAUUUCCUCUUUAAUUUGGCCAUGUCGGAUAUUGGAUCAAUUUCUGUUAUGGUGCCCAAGGCUAUGACAAUGUCCCUUAAGAAUGAUAGGUCAAUUACUUAUGCCGGCUGUGUUGCUCAGGUUUUCUUUCAUGUGUUCUUUGCGACCUCAGGUUUUAGUGUCCUAACUAUUAUGGCUCAUGAUCGCUAUGUUGCAAUCUGCCACCCUCUCCAUUAUGAGAGAAUCAUGCACAAAGGAGCCUGCCUACAGAUGGUAGCCAUUGGGCUGAUUGGUAGUCUUAUUUAUACCAUAUUACACACCGGUGGCACCUUUGGAAAUACUUUCUGUUCCAAUAUUGUCAAUCAGUUCUUCUGUGAAAUUCCACAAUUAAUAAAGUUGUCCUGCUCAGGUAUUUCCAUAAUGGAAACUGGGUUUCUUAUUCUGGCAUUUAGUUUAGCAUUAGGGUACCUUAUUGUCAUCAUCAGAUCAUAUGUACAGAUCUUUGUUGUUGUGCUUAGAAUUCCUUCUUCACAAGGUCAGAAAAAAGCCCUUUCCACUUGUGUUCCCCAUCUCACCGUUGUCACAAUGUUUGUAGCCAGUGGGGUCCUUGUCUAUGCAAGGUCAACUGCCCAAUCUUCUAAUCUGGAUUCCAUUUUGUCCAUGAUAUAUACCAUAAUUCCUCCAACAUCAAAUCCAUUUAUCUAUAGUGUUAGAAACAAAGAGGUCAAGACUGCUUUGCAAAAUCUGUUACGUGUUGCGAUUUCCUAUAAAAAUAAAUUUAAAGUGGUUCUGUGAGAAUUGAGUUAUAUGAUCUUUCAAA